AUGGCUCCCAGUAACCGCGCAUCAUGGCUUCUGGACAAGCAACACCCCGUUAAUGCUGUCAAAAUCGCUCCCUAUACAGCAGCAUCUGAUAACGAGAUCGUCAUAAAAGUCAAAGCAAUAGCAAUAAAUCCCGCCGACGUUAAAAUUCAGCAGAUGGGAAUACUAAUUACCGAUUAUCCUGCGAUUUUGGGAUGUGAUGUUGCGGGAGAAGUUAUCGAAGUUGACCCGUCGCUAGCCGACAUCUAUAUGAUUGGCGAUCGUGUGAUAGGCCAGACCAGCUGCCUCGAACGAAAAAACAAUGUAUAUUGCUAUUCUGGCUUUCAAGAAUAUGUUGUCUUGAAGUCGCCUAAGAUUGCCAAGAUCCCCGAGGAUGUUGAGUACAAGGAUGCUGUUGUGCUGCCUCUUGCAAUCUCAACGGCCGCCAGCUGUUUGUUUCACAAAUCAGAGUCUUCAUUCCGAGCUCCUACACUCAAUGGUACAAACCCUGGGAACGGUCAGACUGUUCUUGUCUGGGGUGGGAGCAGCAGCGUUGGUUCUUGCGGAGUGCAAAUGCUCUCGCUAGCUGGCUACGACGUUAUAGCUAUUGCUAGCAAGAGAAACCACAAUAUGGUUCACAGCUUGGGUGCUAGUGCCUGCUUUGAUCAGGCAGAGUCGACAGUCAGAGAUGAUAUUGUGGCAUAUCUCAAGGGCAGAAACGUAGUCGGAGCCUUUGACGCUAUAUCUAGUGACUCGACAAUAGAAACCAUCUGUGAGAUUCUCAAGGAAGCUGGAGCAAGGGGAUUUAUGGCCUCGGUGAGACCUGGCGCUGAGCAACUGACGAAGAAUGAUGUCAAAAUUGUUACAAACUUCUCAAUGCCACCCGACGAAUACUCCGAGCUGUCUCAGGCCACUUGGAGAUGGCUAGAGAAGUCGAUGGCAGAGAAAACAGUCAAAUAUAUGCCGCCGGCUGAAGUUGUUGGGCAUGGUCUAGAGAGUGUGCAGCUAGCAGUUGACAUGCUGUCUAAGGGUGUUAGUGCAAAGAAAUUGGUUGUAAGUCUUUGA